AUGGCCUCUGCUCUCGAUAUUUCGGCAGCUCGCUCUCGCUUCCCUGCACUGCAACAGGAGCAAGUGUACAUGGACAAUGCUGGCGGAAGUCAGGUUCUUGAUACUGUGGCUGACUCCAUCCGUUCUUAUCUGCUGAACACGAACGUCCAGCUCGGAGCCAGCUAUAAAGUCUCCCAGAUUUCGACUAAUGCGUACGACAAUGCAUACAAAGUGGCUGCUGGGUUCAUCAACGCCGCGCCCGAGGAGAUCAGUAUUGGUAUCUCAACCACCCAGCUAUUGCACAAUCUCGCUACGGCGCUUAAAUUCCAAGCUGGUGAUGAACUGGUUCUUUCCAAACUCAACCAUGAGGCCAAUACCUCCCCGUGGGUCCAUAUAGCAGAGAGGUUGGGCUUGACCGUAAAGUGGUGGGCUGCUUCCGACCCAAAGAAUCCAGUGUGCGAGCCGGCUGAGUUGAAGUCCCUGCUCUCCGAUAAGACCAGACUUGUAGCAUGCCCACAUGCUUCCAAUAUCACUGGCACUAUCAGCCAUAUCCGAAGGAUAGCAGACGUGGUUCAUGUUUAUCCUCGUGCACUGCUGUGUGUGGAUGGAGUGGCCCUGGCUCCGCAUCGUCAGGUCGACGUGAAGGCGUUGGACGUGGAUUUCUAUGCAUUCUCCUGGUACAAGGUGUAUGGACCACACUUGGCACAACUAUAUGCCUCAUCACGCGUUCACGACCAGAUCCAGUCACUGGGGCAUUUCUUCAAGCCCACAGAUACACUAGACCUGAAGCUCAACCUUGCAUCGGCUAAUUAUGAGCUUACACAGAGUAUCACCGAGGUUGUGGAGUACUUUGGCUCCGACCCUAGCAGGACCUGGGCCCAGAUGGCCGAGCACGAAGAGCGGCUACAGCAGAUUCUACUUGAAUUCCUAGCUUCUAAUAGCCGGAUCGAUAUUAUCGGUGAACCUUCGGCCAGUAAGGAGCUCCGCGUGCCUGUUAUUAGUUUUGUUGUGCCGGGAGUGGGCAGCCAGCGCCUUGUGGAGGAGGUUGAGCGUCGAUCGGCCUUUGGGUUCCGCAGCGGCCAUAUGUACAGUCACCGGCUACUGGCCGACGUAUGCGGAUUGGAGGAUGUGGAGGAUGGGGUGGUGCGGGUCAGCUUCCUGCACUAUAACACCGAGGCCGAAGUACGGGGGCUGGUAGAGGUGUUGCGAGAGGUGCUUGCAUCGUUGUAG